AAGCGUCAGUCUUUAUUUGACAUCGUCAAAAUGUACAGCCUAUUCUUUAUAUGUGUGAUCGCUGCCGCCAGCGCAGCUCCUCAUUAUGGACACCAUCACCACGGGGAAUUCGAUUCGGGAUCUUCAGAAGAAUUCCAAUACAGACCUGGUUUCAGACGUCCGCCUCCACCUAAUUACCCAGGAUUUGGCAAAACCGAGUUCGAUACGCGGGCCUUCUGGGCUCAACUGGCAACAGAAAUGAAACAGAUGGAUGACAUGUUAAGAGAUUUCUACCAGCAUUUUCCAAGCAGCGUUUCCAGGGAAGGUAUCGAUGGAGACCAAUACAAGAUCAUAAUACCUCUCUCUGGAUAUAAAGAGGAAGAAAUAUCGGUCAAAGCCCGUACAGGAGUACUUAUGGUUCAAGCUGUACAAAAGACAGCUGAAGGGAAUCAAAGAAGCUAUCUAGACGUAAGGACAUUGCCGGAUGGUAUCGAUCUAUCUGGAACUUGGAGCUAUGAUAAAGACGUUUUAACUAUCCAGUUCUCUCUCAAUAAAGACGCCACAGCGAAACCAGUUACUGAGCUAACAGAAACGGAGUUGCCCACGACGGAAGCACCGAACCACAGUCGCGAGGAGAUGGGACAGGACGACACUGAUGAUGACAACAUUGAAGUAGGAAACAGAGGUGACAAUGACCAAAACAGAGAUAUAGAAACGAACGAGAUACAAUCCAAACCACCAGUCGAAGCAACAACGUACGCUGUUGAUUUGAAGAAUGAGGUUGAGUUCGUGCCAGUUAGCUACUAAGUUAUUUAUACUGAAAUAAACGUGUUUAAGUUUUGUUAAA